UAAGUUGUUGGUGCUGCUUGCCACCUGUCGGUGCCUUUUACAGGACAGAGGUUUGCUGCGUCGCCACCUUCUCCCUAGCUGCAGCGAGACGACGGGACGGCAUGGGGCCUGAAGAGAAGAAGCAGAAGAAAUGCUGCCCUCUGAGGAGGUCAAGGAAGGGCUGCAUGAAGGGCAAAGGCGGGCCGGAGAACCAGGCGUGCACCUACCGCGGAGUGCGGCAGCGGACGUGGGGCAAAUGGGUGGCAGAGAUCCGCGAGCCCAACCGGGGCGCCCGCCUCUGGCUCGGCACCUUCAGCUCCUCCCUGGAGGCUGCGCAGGCCUAUGACAACGCCGCUCGCAGCCUCUACGGCGACUGCGCCAGGCUGAACCUGUCCGACGACUCCGGCCCCAGGCGGCCGUCCGUUAAGUCGGAGGCCUCCUGCUCGCCGACCUGCUCGACGGAGACGAGCACCAGCGAGUCAAGGGCGACCUUCCCGGGGAGCGUCCAGUCGCCGGCGGGUUAUUUCUGCGGCGGCGGGGGGGGGCUUGACGACUUCGAUGACUACGUUACGGGAUUGCCGAAAGCUGAGGAUUUCGGGCUGGAGGCUUUCAGUGACAUUCCGCUCUUCGACGACGUCGGCUUCGCGGAGACAAUGUUCGACAAGGAACUGCUGAGCUUUGACGCCAUGCAAUUGUCGUGGUGUUCUUGA